AUGGAAGCCUUCAGUCAAUAUGGCGCCGUUGACGCCAAGAUCGUCAAUGACAGAGAAACCGGGCGAUCAAGAGGAUUCGGAUUCGUGUCUUUCAACGAGAAGCCCGGCAUGGAUCAAGCAAUUGAGGCAAUGAACGGCCAAAGUCUCGACGGUCGUACCAUCACCGUCAACAUGGCGCAACCCAGAGGAUCCGGCGGCGGCGGCGGUGGCGCCCGUUAUGGCAGUGGUGGUGGUGGUGGGUGGAACGCCGGUGGCGGUGCCGGUGGUGGCGGAUGGGGUGGUGGCGGAGGCGGAUACCAGGCCCGAGGUGCCGGCGGCGCCGGCGGCGGCGCCGGGGGUGGUGGCGGUUGCUUCAAGUGCGGCGAGAGGGGCCACUUUGCGCGCGAGUGCCCUAGUGGAGGCGACGGUGGUGCCGGCGGCGGCGGUUAUGGUGGCGCUGGCGGCUAUGGGGGCCGUCCAGGUGCUCCUGGCGGCGGUGGUUAUGGUGGUGGAGGUGGUGGUGGCGGAGGAGGGGGUGGUUAUGGCGGCGCUGGUGGAUCGGGUGGCUAUGGAUGUUUUUCGCUCUUUCAAACUCCCAUCGCAUCCAUGGAAGACUACACCACAGCCUCCACCGCCGCCGCUAACUCCAAUGCCGUAAUCCUUCAAAGGUUGCUUCUAGCCCAACAGCAGCAGCAGCAAGCACUGAAUAACGCAGCUAACCAGAACACCACGGUCGCGGCUAACGCGCUGCUUCUUGAGCAAAUUCGCCGUUCACAACUAGCCGCCGCUGCCGCAGGCGUUCUCGGGUCAGGAAACGUGCCAGUAGGUUCAGGCUCGGGUUCAGCUCUCUGGGAGCAGCAGCAGCGACAGAUGCUCCUUCUCCUACUCCAGCAGCAGAGGCAGCAGAAUGUUCAGCAAUACCUGCAAGCUAUCGCGCUCGCUAACCUUAACAACAAGGUCGCCGUCAACGCAAGCCUCGAUGCUGCCGCGCUCCGCGUGCACCAGCAGCAACAACAACUGCAGGCGCUCAACGCUCUCCUCGCAAACGCCAAUUCCGCAGCCGCCUCCGCCAAUUCUGAUUUCCGCCUACCAGCGCACAAUCUCGCGCCCGUCUCCGCACACAAGCGCGGAAACUCCAUCGACGGCGGAAGCUCGCCGCUGCGGAACUCCCCCCGCGCCGUGCACGAAUUCAGCGCGUCUUGGCCCGCGUCGGAGUGCGACUCGCCUACUUCCCCCCCCGCUUCAGCAUUCGCCGAUGCCGCCGAAUCGUUCGAGCCGUUGCCUUCGGAGGAAGAAUUCGAGAUGCACUUGAUGACCGUUCAGACCUCGUAUUUCUCCCAGGAGUAA